CUCUCGAUGACGUCACCACCCUAGGUGACGUUGCGCGGCUACGGGAGGCCGAGGAGUUCAAAACGGCCGAGGCGGCGCGAUUCGUUUCACCUCCUCCCUGGCGUAGUGACUUCUGAAGUCAGUUGACCUUCAUUCGCUCCGAUCCAAUUGCUCCUACCUCUCAGCGACCACUCUCCUCCGCUCUCCUCCGCUCAUCGGCGCAGCGUACUUGCGGGUCGACGAGCGUUGCUGGCGGUCACACCCCGCACACGGAUGACGACAGCGAUGGACUCCGCUCACGCCACCUCGCAGUUCCAGGCUCAGGUUCAGCUGGAGAUCGAGAAGUCCAUGGACCAUGAGCUCAAGAAGCUGAUGCACACGUGCAGCAAGGACCAGCUGGAGGCCGUUCAGAGGGACUUCAAUGGGUUCCAGAAGCUGUUCCACCGCUUCCUCGGGGAGAAGGGGCCUUCGCUCAACUGGGAGAAGAUCCAGCGUCCGCCCGAGGGCUCGAUCGAGCCGUACGAGAGUAUCCGCAGCCGGCAGCUGCCCUCGGACCUGGCGUCGCUGCUCAACAAGCUGGUGGUGGUGAAGCUCAACGGGGGCCUGGGCACCAGCAUGGGAUGCAAGGGCCCCAAGAGUCUCAUCGGCGUGCGCAGCGACAACACCUUCCUGGACCUCACCGUGCAGCAGAUCGAGCACCUCAACAAGACGCACAAGAGCGAGGUUCCGCUGGUGCUGAUGAACUCCUUCAACACGGACGAGGACACGCAGAAGAUCCUGCAGAAGUACGGGCACUUCCAGGUCAAGAUCUACACCUUCAACCAGAGCAGGUACCCGCGCAUCAACAAGGAGACGCUGCUGCCCGUGGCGGAGAACGUGUCGUGCGUGGGUGGCGCCAGCGAGGCGUGGUACCCGCCGGGCCACGGCGACAUCUACGACAGCUUCCGCAACUCGGGCCUGCUGGACAAGCUGCUGGCGCAGGGCAAGGAGUUCCUCUUCGUCUCCAACAUCGACAACCUGGGCGCCACCGUCGACCUGCACAUCCUCAACCACCUGGUGAACCCGCCCAACGGCAAGCGCUGCGAGUUCGUCAUGGAGGUCACCGACAAGACACGCGCCGACGUCAAGGGCGGUACGCUGAUGCAGUACGACGGGAAGCUGCGCCUGCUGGAGAUCGCGCAGGUGCCCAAGGACCGCGUGGACGAGUUCAAGUCGGUGACCAAGUUCAAGAUCUUCAACACCAACAACCUAUGGAUCUCGCUCGGAGCCAUCAAGAGGAACACGGACCUGGACAUGGAGGUCAUCGUGAACCCCAAGACCCUGGACGGGGGCCUGAACGUGAUCCAGCUGGAGACGGCCGUGGGUGCUGCCCUCAAGAACUUCGACAACGCGCUGGGCAUCAACGUGCCCCGCUCGCGCUUCCUGCCCGUCAAGACGACCUCCGACCUGCUGCUCGUCAUGUCCAACCUGUACAGCCUGAGCGCCGGCUCGCUCACCAUGAGCGACGCGCGCGAGUUCAAGACGGUGCCGCUCGUCAAGCUCGGCAGCUCCUUCACCAAGGUGCAAGACUACCUGCGCCGCUUUGCCAGCAUCCCCGACAUGCUGGAGCUGGACCACCUCACCGUGUCCGGGGACGUCACCUUCGGCAAGGGCGUCGUGCUCAAGGGCACGGUGAUCAUCAUCGCAAACCACGGUGACCGCAUCGACAUCCCCACGGGGGCCCUCCUCGAGAACAAGAUCGUGUCGGGCAAUCUCCGCAUCCUGGACCACUGAGGAGUCGCCCGCCCCGCGGCAACGGCGUCGCCGCGGCGGCGGGGUAGCCGCGGCAACGAAGUAUCCACGACGAGGGCGACGCCGAUGGCGACGGUCGCGCGUCGCCCAGCCCGCUCCAUGUCUCGCGCUCGGCUCGUCGUCGCCUCCCUCCGCCUCGCUCGCCCGGCGCGUCGCCGUGCGCCGGUGACGCGUCGCCGUGCGCCGGUGACGCGUCGCCGUGCGCCGGUGACGCGUCGCCGUGCGCCGGUGACGCGUCGCCGUGCGCCGGCGACGCGUCGCCGCCGGCUUUAGGCAGCGGUCGGCGGUCGGUGGCGAGCGACGUCCGAGCCGUCACCCCCGCCCCUCCCCAAGUGUCCGCUCCGUUUGCCGGCGUGGUGAAGUAUGGUCGGACGAAACCACGUGACUUGACACGCCGUAGCGAUGCCGUCGUCCAGCAAGGCGGAUCGAUGGAGCGGCUGUAAUAAAUAUUUAUGUAGUCU